AUGCUUGCCGCAAGGAUGGUCCUGCUGCUCGUGCUGCUUCUCACCUUCUCCCUGCACCGUGCCGCAGCCCACUCGACGCCCACCGAAUGCUGCUUCAAGCAUGCGCAGAGACCCGUCCGACACAUGCGGAGCUUCUACGAGACGCCCAGCGACUGCUCCUUGCCUGCAGUCGUGAUUGUGGCUGCCACCGGUGAUGAGGUCUGCGUCGAUCCCAAGAAACCCUGGGUGAAGAAAGCCAUGAAAAAGCUUCGAAGGAAAAAAUGA